AUGCAACUCUUCGAGGACCUCAUCCAUUACUUUGACACCCACAGAUACUGCUUCCUUUUCUGCGAUCCGAACCACAACUACGACGGCAUUUAUGAUGUGUUCAAGUUCCACGAGGAACACUUUUUCGGAGUCUACCGAGUGCUUCUCUAUGUCAUUGGAGGGAUCACAAACGUCUUUUCCGUGCUGACGUGCUUCAUUCACAUUCGCUAUGGACACAAUCUGAACAAUUCCUACCGACACAUUAUGCUCUUCAACAUUUUCCUCCCAGUCUUGCUCACAAACCAUGUCUGCUUUCUAUUUCAACCGUACGUCAUCGCACCGCAUUUCAUACUCUACAUUAUUGGACCGAUACGGUAAGAGAGACUGAUCAGUUGGCCUCUGAGAUUAGUUUCAGAGUCUCUUUCUAUUGGACCGCAAUUCAAAUAAUUAUCUUCGCAGUCACCACCAUUCCGUUGACCUAUUUCCUUUUCACUCAACUCUCUUAUCAUGCAUUCAUCAUCAUCCGACCUCAAAACACAUUGUGAAUAUGUUUUUGAGACAUGUUUCAUUAUCUGUUCACUUUCAGAAGCAUGUUUUGGGUGAACAUUGCGUGGUUUUCAUUCACCGUCUCAUCAGUUUCAUUCACCCUGACUUUCCUUUUCUUGGCCAUCGACCGCCAGCACUACCGACUCGAGGCCAGGAUUUUGUCCGUGGACCCCCGGUACGAAUAUGUGAUUGCCAACUAUGCGCCGUACAUUGUCGACAUGAACACUGCGACCGUCCCUAUGAUUAUUAUCGUUCUUGAAGCCAUUUAUGCGAUUGUGCUCUUCGCAGUUGGACUCAUUUGGGCUGCAUUCAAGUGGGUUCAAAAAAGGGUUGGGCAAAAGGCUUUUGAAGACUUAAAAGGCUGGGCAUACUUUUUAUUAUCCGAUCUGUUAUCUGUCUUUGUCUUGAAGUGCCUAGAACAGUUUCCACCCGAGAUUGGAUAACAUUAUGCGGAGAUGUAGUAAUUUGAAUCCGAAAAAGCUUCGUUUCAGUAUAUCUCCAGAUCAAAUUAUCCGAUGAGGCUGAAACUUUCAAGUUCAUUCCAUCGGACGAUUGCAAGUCUUCAAACGCCUUGUCUUUUCCCCUGAUUCAAAAGUUCUCUUUGGUUUUUGAUGAAAAUUUUAUAGAAUUCUCCGUGCAUUUCAAAAGAAUCGAAGUAUUCUUUCGCAAAAGCUCACAAAAGUGCAAAAGAAGAUAGUGCUGACGCUGCUGCUCUACACGGGCACCUACCUGGGACUCCUCGGCUUCCCGUCCAUCGCCGCCGGAGCAUCCAUCCUCACCGGUGCUCCACUCCAAUACCUCCCCAUCUCGGCCCUCUAUUUCACCUGCUGCACCGUCGUCGCCAUUAGUUUCUGUGCCAUCAACCUCUCCACAGUUUCACCUUACCGCCAGGCUCUUCACGACUUUUUCUAUCGUUUCCGUCCUUUGCUUAUCGGCUCUAGAAGCUCUUCCACUGCCACGGUGUUUCAUGUUCGGCCAGCUAUUGCAACGACGAUCCGGGACUCUUUAUUCACAAGAGAAUGGGCCACACAUCCAUAA